CAACUGUUAAUCCACCCACAAACUUCACCCCCCCCCCGCCGGCGACAAUGGCAUCUGUGCGGAUGGGACCCUUCUCAGCCGUCGUCCGCCUUCUCCUCCUCCACCAUCUCUUCCUCUCCCCCACCUCCGCUCUCGAUUUCCUGUUCAACUCCUUCUCCAAUAUCACCAAUGCCACCGACCUUAUUCUCAUCAACGACGCCCGACUCGACGCCGCCGCCAUCCGCCUCACAAACGACACCAACCAGUUCGCCGUCGGCCGCGUCUUCUACCCAACAAAAAUUCCCAUGAAGCCCACCUCCAACUCCACCUCCGUCACCUCCUUCUCCACCUCCUUCGUCUUCUCCGUUCUCCCGGAUAUUGCCUCGAGCCCGGGAUUCGGCCUCUGCUUCGUCCUCUCUAACUCCACCUCGCCGCCCAACGCCCUCGCCAGCCAAUACUUCGGUCUCUUCACCAACGCCACCGUCCCCUUCGUCGCCCCGUUGCUCGCCGUCGAGUUCGACACGGGUCAAAACCCGGAAUUCAACGACCCAAAUGGGAAUCACAUCGGAAUCGACCUUAACAACAUCGAGUCCGCCGUCACGACCCCCGCCGGGUACUACAACUCGACCGGCGGAUUCGUCCCGAUCCAAAUGCGGACCGGGCAGAACGUCCGGGCCUGGAUUGAAUUUGACGGGACUAAUCUCGAAUUCAACGUCACCGUCGCCCCUGCCAAUGUGUCCCGUCCUUCUGUGCCAACGCUUACUUACAUAGACCCCAAGAUUGCGAACUAUGUAUCGGCCGAGAUGUUUGUCGGGUUUUCGGCUUCGAAAACGCAGUGGAUUGAAGCCCAGAGAGUUUUAGCUUGGAGUUUUAGCAACACCGGAGUCGCCAGAGACAUUAACACGACGAAUCUGCCCGUUUUCCAGCUGGUUUCUCCGUCGUCUUCUCUAACGAGGGCGGCGAUUGCCGGGAUUUCAAUCGGUUGUGUCGUUUUUGUGUUGAUUUUAGCAUCUGGGUUUUACUUGUACUGGCGGAAGAAAAGGAUGGAAGGCGAAGAAACCGACGACGAGAUCGAAGAUUGGGAGCUGGAGUAUUGGCCGCACAGAUUCUCCAACGAGGAGCUGAGGGAGGCGACGGGAGGUUUUUCGAACGAUCAGCUUCUGGGUUCCGGUGGAUUCGGGAAGGUUUACAAGGGCACCUUAUCAAACGGCACAGAAAUCGCCGUCAAGUGCGUCAACCACGACUCGAAGCAGGGGCUGAGGGAGUUCAUGGCGGAGAUCGCCAGCAUGGGGCGGCUGCAGCACAAGAACUUGGUGCAGAUGCGGGGGUGGUGCCGGAAGGCCAACGAGCUGAUGCUGGUGUAUGAUUACAUGCCCAAUGGGAGCCUCAAUCGGUGGAUUUUCGACAAGCCCGAGACGGUUUUGGAUUGGGAGAGGCGGCGGCGCGUGCUGGCGGAUGUGGCGGAGGGGUUGAAUUACCUCCACCACGGGUGGGACCAGAUGGUGAUUCACAGGGACAUUAAGUCGAGCAACAUUUUGUUGGACGCGGAGAUGAGAGGGCGGCUUGGAGAUUUCGGGCUGGCUAAGCUCUACCAGCACGGGGAAGUGCCCCACACGACGCGUGUCGUCGGAACGUUCGGGUAUUUGGCGCCGGAGCUGGCGACUGUGGCAGCGCCGACGGCGGCGAGUGAUGUUUAUAGUUUUGGAGUGGUGUUGUUGGAGGUGGCGUGUGGGAGGAAGCCAAUUGAGAUGGAGGCGGCGGAGGAUGAGGUGGUGUUGGUUGAUUGGGUGAGGAAGUUGUAUUUUAGAGGGAGGGUGGGGGAGGCGGCGGACCCGAGAAUAAACGGGGAGUAUGAGGCGGCGGAGAUGGAGAUUGCCUUGAAGCUUGGGCUGGCUUGUUGCCAUCCUGAUCCACAGAGAAGGCCUAGCAUGAGGGAAAUUGUGGCGGUUUUGGUUGGUGAGGCCGCGUCCGCCACCGCACCCGCCCAUUUGUUGUCUGAAUUGGCAAGGGGUGAUAGUAGCAUUGGCGGCGGAGAUGGCGGUAGUGAUGAUUUGUCCAUGGAAGUGGCGCCACCCGAACUCCAGCAGCCUUUAGUGUGAAUAUGUUUGUUUUUUUUUUUUUUUUUUACCUUUCAAUUACAUUUUUUAUAUUAUUUUUCAAGAAAUUAAAAAAAAAAAUUGUGAGGCAUACAACAAUUUGAUUUUGCAUUUCAAUCUGUGGAUGGGGUUGGGUGUUUGUUGUAAAAUGUUACGAGGUUUCAAUUUUUUUCACUUUGAAAUUCAACGUUUUGACUUUCGGUCGGUCGAUUUACACGUUGUACCAUGGGAGAUUUUGAGA